AUUUGGAGUGGGCAUUGUUUCAAGUUUCAACGUCACUCGAAGUUCACCGCAAUAGCUCCCACUGUGUCUGUUCCUCGCCCCAAACCAGCAGCGUAUAUUUUUCUGUCUAUUGUUAGCUCAAUCCCUAAAUCCUGCCGAUAUUUUUCUCUUCCGGUUACCGGUGCAGUUUCAUCGAGGUUAUCCAGAAUGGAAACUGUUGUUGCUUUUCGAGCUUCCUUCAGCAGCCAUUCGCCUAAUUGGGCGUCAACCCGAUGUGGCCCGGCCCGACCCGAUUUGGUGGUCGGUUCGAGGUGCCUGCCCUCCAACGCCUCGAUUCAGCAAAGAUAUUCAGUUUACCCAGUGAUGCUGGCCAACAGAAAGGUGAACCUUUUGAGCAGGAAACACACUGUGAUCAGAGCUUGUAUGCAACCUUCUGAUUCAGGCAACUCAACUUCUUCUGUUGCACCACUUAAAUUGGAGUCUCCAGUUGGUCAAUUCCUGUCUGAGAUGCUAGUGAGUCACCCACAUCUCGUCCCAGAUGCUGUUGAGCAGCAGCUUGAGAAGCUUCAGAUCGACCGUGAUGCCGAUAAAGAGAAAGAGAAGCCAUCUGCAUCCGGCAGCGAUCUUGUGUUAUACAGGAGAAUUGCCGAGGUCAAAGCCAACGAAAGGGACAAGGCCUUGGAAGAAAUACUCUACGCUCUAGUGGUGCAGAAAUUCAUGGAUGCUGACGUGCCCUUGGUCCCCACAAUUACCCGAUCUCCGCCCAGCAAUUCAGGUUGCGUUGACACGUGGCCUGCCACGGAAGAUCAGAAGCUCGGGCGCCUCCACUCACCCGAAGCCUACGAGAUGAUCCAAAACCAUCUCACCCUCAUUCUUGGUAAACGCCUUACUCACUCCAGCUCGGUAGCCCAAAUAAGCAAGCUUAGGGUAGGUCAGGUGUAUGCUGCCUCAGUAAUAUACGGCUAUUUUCUUAAAAGGGUUGACCAGAGGUUUCAGCUCGAGAAGACCAUGAACUUCCUUCCCGAAGGCAACGAUGGUGAAGUGAAUUUGACAGAAGUAAUGGCGGAUGAGAGGUUACCUGCGGAAGUUUCUCCCGAUAACCCACUGACGCAUCCGGAAGUUUCUUCUUGGUCGGAUGAUGUUGAUAAUGGAAGUUAUGUCGAUUUAAAGCCAUGUCGGCUGAGGACAUAUGUGAUGUCGUUUGAUGGGGAGACUCUUCAGAGGUACGCGAAUAUUAGGUCUAAGGAGGCUGUCAAUAUUAUCGAGAAACAUACGGAGGCUCUGUUUGGUAGGCCGGAGAUGAUCUUCACGUCAGAUGGGAACAUCGACUCUUCUAAAGACGUGAAGAUUAUGAUCAGCUUUGGUGGGCUGAGGAGACUUUUUCUGGAGGCAGUGACUUUCGGCUCUAUCCUUUGGGAUGUCGAGAGCUAUGUGGACUCGAGGUACCAUUUUGUCACGCAUUGAGAACCCGGAUUUUGAGGAAUGUAGGGAAGGACGUGACUGGAGGUUUCUACUACUACUGACCGUUGUUUGGUUUCGAAACAUGGUUUAAAUACUGGUGUGUCUUCUCAUUGUCUGUACAUAUUCAGACUUGUUCUGAAAUUUGUGUGGUGUUCUUGAUAGCGUCCGAGUAAUUUGGAUUUGCUUUUACAUCUUGGUGUAAAUGCCUGUUGGAUUUAUUUUUGGGUUCCAACUUUCUAAGAUUUUUCAGCUUUGAUAAUACUCUUUGCCAAGGAUUCUCAUUCUUUUAUGGUAAAUCAUGGUGCCCUGAUAUUUUAUUUGUUUUUUUGUUUUUUUUUUU